CUCGGGGGUGUCCCCCGGCCCCGCCAAGCGGGUCAGUCCCAGUGACUCACGGGUUUAACGCGGGCGGGGCCCCCCCCCCCCCCCCGGGCGGUGGCACCCCGGGGUGCCCCACCCCCCCGCACCCUAUUUAAGGUCCGUCCCGGUGUCCCCGACGUCCCCGGUGCCCCCCCCCGCCAUGGCCGGUCCCCGGCUGCCCGCGGCCCUCGGGCUCCUGCUGCUCUGCCUGUGCCUGCCAGACGCCUCCGGCCGCUGCGACUCGGGCUCCCGCCUGGUCCCGCUGACGGCCGGGGUGGAUCCCUGCAAGGAUCCCGCCGGAUUCCUCAGCCCCCAGCUGGGCGGGGCCGGAGCGGGAUCCUCCGGAGGAGAGGGAUCCUACGGCAAUUCGGGAUCCUCCGGAAAUUCGGGAUCCUCCGGAGGAGAGGGAUCCUACGGCAAUUCGGGAUCCUAUGGAGGAGCGGGAUCCUACGGAGGCGGAUCGGGAUCCUCCGGCAAUUCGGGAUCCUACGGAGGAGCGGGAUCCUACAGCGGCUCGGGAGUAUCCCAGGGAGGCGGAAGCUCUUCGGGAUCCUACGCGUCACCGGGAUCCCCUGGGGGCAAGCCAGGAUCCUAUGGGAGCAGACCGGGAUCCCACGGGGACGGCUCGGGAUCUUUUGUGUCGCCGGGAUCCGGUGGGCCCUCGGGAUCCUACGGAGUCGGGUCUUACGGGGGCGGAUCCGGGAGACCCAGCUCGUACGCGGGAAGCGGAUCCUAUGGGGGAUCCAGCUCCUACGGAGGAUCCAACCCGGCUCAUCUCAAGGAGGAUCUAGUUCAGGAUCAGGAUCAGGGAAACCCGGAUCGGGAUCCUAUGGAGGCAGCUCAGGAUCCUACGGGGGAUCCGGAUCCUAUGGAGGAUCCAGUUCCUACGGAGGAUCUGGAUCUUAUGGAGGCAGGCCAGGAUCCUAUGGGGGAUCGUAUGGAGGAUCCAGUUCAGGAUCGGGCAGACCCGGCUCCCAGGGGGGCAGCGGAUCGGGAUCAGGCAGACCCGGAUCCCACGGAGGCAGCGGAUCCCAUGGGGGAAGCGGGUCUGGAUCAGGCAGACCUGGCUCCCAGGGGGGCAGCGGAUCCCAAGCAGGCAGCGGAUCGGGAUCCUACGGGAGCAGCUCAGGAUCCUACGGGGGCAGCUCAGGAUCCUAUGGGGGAUCGGGAUCCUACGGGCUCCCUGAGUCCUACGGGGAUGAUUCGGGAUCCUUUGGGGAAUCAGGAUCCUACGGGGGCUCAUCAGGAUCUUAUGGGGGAUCAGGAUCCUAUGGAGAAUCAGGAUCCCAGGGGGGUGGCUCGGGAUCGUAUGGAGGAUCGGGAUCCCAGGGGGGUGGAUCGGGAUCUUAUGGCAGACCAGGAUCCUAUGGGGGUGGCUCGGGAUCCCAGGGGAGUGGAUCGGGAUCUUAUGGGGGAUCAGGAUCCUACGGGGGUGGAUCGGGAUCUUACGGAGGGUCGGGAUCCCAGGGGGGUGGAUCGGGAUCUUAUGGUAGACCAGGAUCCUAUGGGGGUGGCUCGGGAUCCCAGGGGAGUGGAUCAGGAUCUUAUGGGGGAUCGGGAUCCCAGGGGGGAUCGGGAUCCUACGGGGGUGGAUCAGGCUCUUAUGGCAGACCAGGAUCCUACAGUGGUGCAUCGGGAUCCUACGGUGGUGGAUCGGGAUCUUACGGGGGGUCGGGAUCCUACGGAGGGAUCCGGCGCCCCGGGUACAAGAAUCCCGGGAUCCCCUUCAUACCAGGGCUGCGGGAUCCGGCCCGGAUCGGGGGCUACAUCCCCACGCACCGUGGGCCCCCCACGGGAUCCACUCAGGGAUCUGGCUCCGACUUUGGAUCUGGUGUGGGAUCCGGCUCUGGGUCAGGGACCUACGGCUCCGGGGGGGGCUCCAGGCCGGGAUCCGGGAUGGGAUCCGGGAUGGGAUCGGGGGGGGGCUCCAGGCCGGGAUCUGGGGGGGGAUCUGGGACGGGAUCGGGGGGGGGCUCCAGUCGUCGGAUCGCGGCACCCGCCUCGUCCCUGUCCCCACGCGUGUCCCCACACGUGUCCCCACACGUGUCCCCACGCCCACGCGUGA